UCACGUUCCGGUAAUGGCGGCCCGCAUGAGGCUGCUGUUGUGGUGCCGGCUGCGCUUCCCUGCUCCGGGGAGGCCGCGCCUCAGCCAGGUCCGGCUCAGCUCCAGCGAGGCCGCCGCGCAGGGGGCCCCUGGCCGAGAGGAGGCAGAUUCUAAAGUCGGUACCCGCAAGAAGACAUUUCCUGAGGUGCAAGCAGAAAGGCUAGAGCAAGCACAGCGGACUGUUUUAAUUAGCUGCCCAGCCAAGAUGAGUGAGAAAAAAUUUCUCAAGUAUUUGUCCCAUCAUGGAAAAAUUAACAGUCACUACUUUUAUGAAAGCUAUGGUACGUACGCUGUGGUAGAAUUUUCUGAAAAAGACAGCAUAACUUCACUACAGGAUGUUAUCCGAACCCCAGGCAUUGAAGAGGAAUGUGCUGUUCCAUUUAAAUCUAGACUUUUUACUUUAAUGUUGAAAAACCCAUCAACUCAAGCUGCUGAUCAGGCACCAGUUCACUGUCAUAAGCAAUCCACCAUUCUAGUCAAUGAUCUUGUUCAGAAGCUUUGUAGUGCUGACAGUGUAAGUAAUCAGUUGUACACUCUAAUGGAUGAAUAUCAGCUAACAGAGGAGAACAUUAAGCUCCGGUUUCUAGCCUGUUCUCUGAUUCAGGAAAUUGCAUGUGCAUAUUUCCCAGAGUGCACAGUGAAGCCAUUUGGCUCCUCAGUGAACACAUUUGGCAAAUUAGGAUGUGAUUUAGACAUGUUUUUGGACCUGGAUGAAAUUGGGAGGAGCCCUACAAGAGCGAAAACAGGUCCCUUUUAUAUGGAAUAUCAGAUGAAGAGAGUACCUUCUCAAAGAAUAGCAUCGCAGAGAAUCCUCUCUGUGAUUGGUGAUUGCAUUGACAACUUUGGCCCUGGCUGUGUGAGUGUGCAAAAGAUACUCAAUGCUCGCUGUCCAUUGGUGAGAUUUUCCCAUCAGCCAGCGGGGUUCCAGUGUGACCUGACAACUAACAAUAGAGUUGCCAUGAGAAGUUCAGAACUCCUUUAUAUAUAUGGUAGCCUGGACUCACGUGUAAGAGCUCUUGUGUUCAGUGUGCGGUGCUGGGCCCGUGUACAUGGCAUCACAAGUACCAUUCCCGGUCCCUGGAUUACGAACUUCUCUCUAACAAUGAUGGCCUUGUUUUUCCUUCAGAAGAGAACACCACCUAUCAUUCCAACACUAGACCAACUUAAAGAUCUAGCAGAUGCAGAAGAUAAGCAUAUAGUCGAAGGUCAUGACUGUACCUUUGCUAGCAAUCUAAACAAAAUUAAGCCUACAGAAAAUACAGAAACAUUGGAUGUGCUGCUGAGUGACUUCUUUGAAUAUUUUGGGAAUUUUGCUUUCAGUAAGAACUCUAUAAAUAUUCGAAAGGGAAAGGAGCAAAAUAAGCCUGAGCCUUCUCCUCUCUACAUCCAGAACCCCUUUGAACAGGCCCUCAAUAUCAGCAAGAAUGUUAAUCAAAGCCAGCUGGAUAGAUUUGUAGCUUUGGCCAGAGAGUGUGCCUGGAUUUUACAGCAGGAAGAUAAAGGUCAUUCUUCAUUGAAUAAUAGCCAGCCUUGGGGACUGGCAGCCCUACUGCUACCAUCUGUAGCAAGUAAUUGUAUCAAGGGCAAGAAGAGGAGGAGGGGACCGGCAAGUGAACGAAUCAAAAGCCUGUUGGACUCUUUGAAGAUGAAUAAUGCAAGCAGUUUGGUGAAGAAUGGUGGGAAAAGGACCUUUAGCAAUCAAACACGGUAGCUGCUACUCUGUUGUGAGAAUUGCUUGUGGUAAUAAUUGGAAGAACAUUACUUGAACUUAGUUUCUACUUGAGGUGAGAUGGAGAAAAUUACCUCCUACUGCCACUGUCCUAAAACUUGUGCAGAACUAUUUUGUUUUUCUGGGCAUUAUCUCUUCUAAAGCCCUCCUCACUCUUCCACCUGACCUAUGGAUGAAGACCAUCCAGACAUCAGCUUUCAUAUCCACCUUCUUAGGAGCAGCCUUAUUCUGGGAACAGUUCAAAAAGCAAAACAGAUUGGGCCUGCGGAAAGGACUUCUGGAAUCCUGUCAGCUAAUGGACAAACAGUGCUAACAAAAGGAAGUGUCAGAAGCAACUUCUUUCCAAUGAAAUCAUGGCUUAAAAGAUGAUGCAAUGCUAGCGCAGCCCCCCUCCGCACACACACACAUCAAUGCACUAGAAACUAUUUUAACUCAAAGUACUUGUAUGCCUUUUCGUAACCGUUUUUCACACAUGUAAACGGUGCAAGAUAUAAUAAAGCGACUGGAACUUG